GGCUCCAGGCCAGGGUAGACUGCUUGGGCUCGAGCCAUGUCUCUACAUCUCACCACCCUGCUGGGCCUUGUGCUCAGUCUGGGCCAGAUGAUCCACACACAGGAGGGGGCCCUGCCCAAACCCUCCAUCCGGGCUGAGCCAAACUCUGUGAUCCCCCACGGGAGGCCUGUGACCAUUGUGUGCCAGAGCACUGUGGGAUUUGAGAUAUUUCGCCUGGAGAAGGUGGAAAGCUCUGUGUUCAGAGAUGAGAAGAAUAAUUUAACGUCUAAUAAAGAGGCCAGAUUCUUCAUCACCUCAAUGAGCGAAGACACUGCUGGGCGUUAUUUCUGCCGCUAUUUUACAAGGAAUCAAAAAUGGUCUGAUUUCAGUGCAUUCCUGGAGCUCAUGAUGACGAGUGAGGACAUAACCUGGGUCCCCCACACCCCAGACUCAGCUCUGUUCUCACGUCUGUCCCAAGGAGCCACACAGAUGCCUUCGGACGACAGUAACAAUGGUGGUGCUGCUGAUAACCUGAUUCCAUCUUCCCUAGUCACACCUGCUCCUCGAGGCCUGAGGACAGAGCUUCUUUAUAUUCUUAUCGGGAUCUUGGUGGCCUUCCUCCUUUGUCUCCUUGUAGUCCUCUUCUUCCUCCAUCUCCAGCAUCAGAAAAAACAGGGGCCCUGCAGCAGCAAGGCUGAGGAACAGAGGCCACAAGAGAGGCUCAGCCCAGCCGCUGAUGUCCGAGAGAGGACACCAGGCACAGCCACAGUUGACAGACUCCCUGAGAAGGACAGAGAGAUGGACACCUCAACCCCUGCUGCAGGGGACCUCCAGGAGGUGACAUAUGUUCAGCUGGACCUCCAGGCCCUCACACAGAGGACAGCCCAUGCUGUGUCCCCACAGUUCAUGGAGUCCACGGCUGUGUCCAGCACCUAUGCAGCCCUCUCCAGACACUGACCUCAGGCCCACCUGGUUCCUGCAUCUGAAGACAAAGGAAGUCACUCUAGGAAAAGUCUGAAGCAGCCAUUUGGAGCACUUCCCUUUGGAAUCAUCCUGUUCUGAAAAAAACAGUCAAUCAGCAAUCCUGGAGACAAGAGCUGGACGCUGGAGUUGUCUAAUCAACAUCUCAAAAAUUUAUUAACCAGGUUGUCUCUUUAACAGUUUACCAGCUUCUUGUAGAGGCUUUGUUGCAACUGCUACCAGAGACCCAGUUACAGUCACCUCACUGUUUUUAGAGACCCAGCUACAGACAGCUGUUUCCAGAGAAUGAGCUACAGUCAGCUGGCUGUUUCCAGAGACAGAGCUACAGGUAUCUGGCUAUUUGCAGAGACCAAGCUACAGUUCUCUGACUAUUUCCAGAGACCGAGCUGUAGUCAACUGGCUGUUUCUAGAGACCUAGAAACAGUCACCUGGCUGUUUCCAAAGACCCAGCUACAGUCUACCUGGCUGUUUCAAGAGGCCCAGCUAUAGUUACGUGGCUGUUUCCAGAGACCCAGCUUCAACAGCCCAGGUGAUUUUAUGUAGAGUGUUAUAGUUUCUCAGCUGGUAUUAGAUAUCUUCUGUAAAUCCCCAGCUGACUCAGACUCCAUUUUAAUUAUCUGCUCAGUUAAAUCUAAAGACCUUCAGAAUUUAAUUAUUGACCUUGAGACUGGGCUAUUCUUGUUCAGCUGAGAGCUGAGUUCAGUGCUUUGGAUCAAGCUUUAUUUUGCUCAUCAAUAAAUAUUUUUAAAAGCCUAAUAUCUGACAGGUCUGUGCCAGGUUGGGAUGCACAGGUCACUUGGACUCAGUCUCUGCUUCAUAGUUGUUGAAAACUGAGUAGAGAAGACAGGAGCAACACAGGAGGUGUCAGUGUUUUCUUUUGUCUUUUAAAAAAUUGAUCAAAAUUAGGUAUAUCGGGCCAGCCCGUGGCUCACUC